GGAAGUGGUGAGGACGGAGCGGGAUGGUAGCAGUCUAGAGCCGGGAAAGGGGUGGAAUUCAGGGUUGUUUGGGGUCCUGAUGGGUAGUUAGUGGUGCUUGUGUCGCAGAGGAAGCGCGGAUCAGGUGAAAGGAAGGAGACUUUCCACCGGCGGUUUCUUGGAUCAAGUGAUCUGUGGUGGGGAAUACGUGUGUUAAGUGAGGAACCGGGAAUCAAGAAGACGGAGGGUCGUAGGGUUGAAUUGAAAUCCUUCUGCUCCGAAUCAGUGACCAGUAUGUGCUUAAUAUUGAAAUCUGCAAGGACCGGAAAUAAAACAUGACAGGGAUAUCUUAAUUUCAGUUCUCACUGUGAGGAAUUGGCUAAUUCAGUGUGGAUCUUCUUUCUUUAAAAAGGAAGGAAUAUUUUGGCAACUUGGUCUCUCAUCCUCUUGAAUCUGAAAGGUUGAGGAAAAAAUAGGGAAAGGUGGCUAAAUGGAUUAAUGGCUUUUCUGCACUUCUAUAUUACAGCCACUCAGCCUCAACAGAACAUUACACUUGCAGCAAAUGGGUUAUCCCUUUUACUAAUCCUUGCCCUAUCUCUAUUACCUCUCUUUCAGGUCAAAGCAGUCAACUGGCUUCUCUCCAAGAUGGAAGCCUUGAACAAUUGUACUGGACCAGGUGGAGAUUUGGAACAGCAAAACUGCAAAAGUGAACAUUUCUUCUAUUUUGCCUAUGGUAGUAACUUGCUGCGGGAAAGAAUAAUGUUAAGAAACCCUUCUGUGGUUUUUCUUACCAUAGCACAACUACUGGAUUAUAAACUUGCUUUUAGUUCUCAUCAAGGGAGACUAAGUCUUCAGUGGAAAGGAGGUACAGCUACUAUUGUCUAUAGCCCUGGUGAAGAAGUAUGGGGGAUAAUAUGGAAAAUGAAUACUAGUGAUUUAUGUUCUCUGGAUAGACAAGAAGGAGUAGAAAAUGGCAUUUAUAUUCCAAUUGAAGUAACAGUUCGGACUCAGGAUGGGAAAAUAGUUAAAUGUCGUAGUUAUCAGAUGAAUGACUAUGUCCACGAUCUUCCUUCUCCACAAUAUAAGAGGGUCAUCUGUUUGGGUGCAAAACAGAAUGAAUUGCCAAUGGAUUAUCAAAAGAAAUUAAAUUCUAUAGAGACUAACAACUAUGCAGGACCUGUACCAGUGUUUGAAGAAAUUAAAGCUGCUCUCAGUGCGUCAGGGAAACAAAAUAAUGAAGAUCAAUUUUAGUAUAACUUGCUUUUACUGCCUUGGAAUCUUGUGUGUCUAUUUCUCUUAUAUUACAAUAGCCUAGAUAUUUUUAAUGUCAAAAUGACCAGGGGAUACCAUAUAUACCAUAAGGUGUAAGAUGAUCCUUGAUUAUUAAUUCACUAAUAUAUAAUUCAUUGUUUUCCUUUAAGCUUUUCUGUUUCUGUAUUCUCUGCAAUAAAUUGAGAUUGGGAAUGGUU